AUGGCGAGGACGGUGGUGGUGGCCUUGCUGCUGAUGCAAUUCUGCGACGUGGUUCUGGCGGCGAGGCUGCUGGAGGGGGACGGCGCCUGGCUGCAGGGCGGCGUUGGCGCCGCUGGGGCGCUUAUCAUGCACAUCCUGCCCGGCGGCUCUCCGGGAGCGGGAGCACCCAACGGCUGCACCAACAACCCCAAACACCCCGCCGGUGGGAAAUGCCACGGCUAA